UGUGAAGAAGGUUUUGAGGUCUCAGAAUCAUGCCGGAACCAGCGAAGUCUGCUCCCGCCCCGAAAAAGGGCUCUAAGAAGGCCGUGACCAAGGCGCAGAAGAAGGACGGCAAGAAGCGCAAGCGCAGCCGCAAGGAGAGCUACUCGGUGUACGUGUACAAGGUGUUGAAACAGGUCCACCCUGACACAGGCAUCUCUUCCAAGGCCAUGGGCAUCAUGAACUCGUUCGUCAAUGACAUCUUCGAGCGUAUCGCGGGCGAAGCGUCGCGGCUGGCGCAUUACAACAAGCGCUCAACCAUCACGUCCCGGGAGAUCCAGACGGCCGUGCGGUUGCUGCUGCCCGGGGAGCUGGCCAAGCACGCCGUGUCCGAGGGCACCAAGGCUGUCACCAAAUACACCAGUGCCAAGUAAAUUUACUAAGUAGUGAGUAUUUUUAAGCUUAAGCCCAAAGGCUCUUUUAAGAGCCACUAAAUUGCCAGUAACAGAGCUGCAAGUACACAUUGAAUCUAGGUUUAAACUUGUUGGCGUGAAAAUGAAUCCUGUUGUAUUAGGUGGACUCAAAUUCGAGGCGCUGGUGCACUUGUUCUUUUGCCCAGCAUUUCAAGUUUUUCCCAGACUCCAUUUGGGGUGGCACAAUACCCCGACUUCCCGGCCCGCCGAAAUAGUCUGCAGGGCUCAACAAAAAGACUGGGGAAGAUUUUGUAAAAAUGUAAAAAUGUGGUCAUUCCUUUAGUUCCUGACAUGGAAGAAGGUCUUCUACAUUGCAGGGACCUCUCUGCUUGUAAGCAGACAAUUCUAACCCGCAU